GUGCAGAAGUGUCAAGUUUUGGAAAACAAUCCGAAUACCCAAAUGUCAGGAAGAGCGUUGUGUGGGGGUGAACGUUUUGUUAUCGCUAUUCUCCGUAUAUCGCUCUCUUGCCCUCGCGGACUCUCUUGCUCGCUCGCUCGCACAACAGCAAGAAAAGUAUUGAUUCUAGUCGUCUCGGGAGGCGCGUUUCCGGCACACAGCGGGAGUGUUUCGAUUUAAUCCCCUUUUAAUUUUGAAAUGCAUCUGCACAGCUUUAAAUUAGCGCUACUGAAUCAAAUAUACUACUCGGUGCUGCUGCUAACCAUCUCGCAAAUCGUACACACCAGCCACCUUCGGGAGAUAUGCGAAAAGCGGGACAUCUUCUUCGAACCGUUCCGGUGCCAGCUGUACGAGCUGGACGUGCUGGACGAACCGGUCACCUAUCUGCUGUACGAUGUGAACCCUAGCGAAGGGUUUAACCUGCGCCGGGAUGUUUACAUCCGGUUGGCGGUGUUUGUGGAGUACCUUCGCAGGCAGCGCGGCUACCGGCGGGCGCGGCUCGUUCUACCGCCCUGGUCGAAUCUGGUGCACUGGCGCAGCCACAACAUCGACCAGACGCACCUGUUCUGGCACCACUUUUUCGACCUGCGAAGCAUGAAGCGCUACACGAACGUGAUCGAUAUGGAUGAAUUUUUCGCAGAGUACGAACGGUUGCACGGGCCGGACGCGGGCGUUACGCUGGACGCGGUGUACAAGCUGCAGCACUUCGACAACAUGUUCGAGCACGGUGUGUUUGUGGACAAGUUCGAGAAGCACGUGUGCCCGAAAAGCCACGGUUACGAUGGGGCAGCGCCACUGCCAUACUUCGGGUACGGUAACUUCACCACCGAGGAGUUCGCCUGCCUACACUUUCAGGGUAGCGCGAUGCUGCUGCACAAGCUGCUGGAAGAGUACAAACCGGCGCGGGCCCAACACGCCCGUUACGUGCUGGUGCUGAACGCGGAAAUUGUACUGCACGAUCUGUGGGGAAACGUGGACUAUUGGGCGGCACGUCGUUCGAUGCGCUUCGCCGAAGAGUUGGUCGAGGUGGCGGCCCGGUUUCGGGCCGAAUUUCUUAACUCAUCCGAUCAACAGGAUCGUACGGUUCGACCGGCGCGCUGGACGGACGAACGGCCACACCGUACGGCACGCGGCGGUGACUAUCUAGGUGCGCACAUACGGCGGGCAGAUUUUUUGUACGGACGGGAUAAGACGACACCCACCAUCCAGUCGGCCGCCCUGCAGAUACGGGCGAAGUUACUCGAGCUCGGCCUGAAAACGGUGUUCGUUGCGUCCGACUGUUCGCGGAUGGAGUUUUACAACUUGAAAAACUAUCUCAAACGGUUCCGGGUGGUACGGUUCGUGCCGGAAGGUUACGAACAGCGGCACGCACUAAAGGACGGCGGUAUCGCCAUAGUCGAUCAGAUCGUUUGCUCCCAUGCACGGUACUUUAUCGGCACGUACGAAUCAACCUUCACGUACCGUAUAUACGAGGAGCGGGAAAUUAUCGGCUUUCCGAAGGAUCUUACCUUUAAUACGUUUUGCAAGAGCGAGAAGGAGAUGAACUGUGAGAAAAAUACGGUUUGGCCGAUAGUGUACGAUUAGGGCGGUCAGUGUUCAAGCGUGUCCUGCCAUCACUCGAAUAAAUUUUGGAUUUCGCUUUAAAACUAG